GGGCAAUUAAUUAUUUUGUGGAACUAGAAUGUGUUAAGCACUAAUUCCUACUAGCUUUCUAAUUUGUGGCUGGCUAAGCCUGUUGUUUACCUAGUUCAGUCUAGUGUUUUAAACAUUUUUAGUAGCUAAAGACCUAAAAUAAUCUCCAAAAACCAAACAGUUUAAUCUCCAACGGGUUUCUCAAAGUCCCAACUUUUGUAUAGUUUUUUUUAAAUCUUAUAAGUUAGGUAACUAUUCAUAAAUAUUAAAACAUGGAAUCAAAUUUAGCAAUCGAUGUAGAUAACUCACCACUCGAUACUGACUUAAACAGCACUUCCAAGACUGACUUACAGACUAAAGGUAACAUAGAACUUGCUGUUAAUAAGGGAUUUUCUACCAAUGAAACAGUUUUUAUUCACAACUUUGAAGUUUCCAUAGAACGAGAGUAUGAAACCAGCUAUGAUUCUGUCCUUGUUGGCGAUUUAAAAUCUGAAGAAGUAAAAGUUGUUACAGAAGUAGAGGCAUCGGUAGUGAUGGAUACUGAUGACAGUAACAUCUUACUGUUAGAUAAAGUUGUUGGCAGUGGUAAUGUAACAGAUAUCACACUGGGACAAACAGAAUUACAGUCCACAGUGUCUCGUGCAGUGGAAACAAAUGAACAUCAAGUAUGUAAAGAUGUGGCUCCAUUGUAUAAUUGUGAUAUACCUGAGCAAGGCGAAGGAAAUAACACUGAAAUGUCACCAGCCCCUCCCAUUCAAUCAAAUAUCAAUGUUCAAACAACUGUAGCGCAAAGUUCAGUGACAGAUUCUGAAAUCGUGAUGUCUGCUGAAGAAAAUCCCCAAGGUAGAUAUUUAACGGACCAUCAGCAAGGUAGACACCUAAAGAGUAUCUAUGUACCAGAUGUAGGAAACAAAUGGUAUGAUGUUAAGGGGAACCUAGUCACUCGCCCAAUAGAUCCAAAAAAACUUCCGAAUGCUUUUGGUUAUCUGCCCAUAUACGGUCGCCCAAAAUCUAAGGCUAAGUUAGCAGAGUUCGAAGAUGAAAGGAUAAGAGAAUUUGUUGGUUUUGAUCUUAACGAUCAGGAGUUUGACAAUCUUGCUCAAUAUUGCAGAUCAGACUUACUUGAAACAGGCUCAGAAAUAGUGAUGAUGUCCAAAACACCAACAGUGCCAUAUGUCGCUGAAACUGACAUUUUAAAAUCAGUUCAACAAAAUAAGAAUGAGCUGAAUAUUGUGAAGAAGCUUAAACUAAGAUUGGAAAAAGACUACAAUAAUCGAUAUCCUAUAAAGUUGAAGUAUCGUGGGUUGAAGCAGAUGCCUCUCUCAGAUUUGCAGGACUUUACUGAGGAUGAUUCUCAAGACAAGUUGCUGGAGCCGGGGAAAGACCUUAUUUUCCGUAUACGCAUCUACAGAGGCUUUGCCUACAGUUUGAAGGACAGACAUAGCCGGUCGCGGCACUCGGUGUUUAGUCACGAUGUUGUGCUGUACGGGCGGCAACGGUUGUGCGCGUUGCGUGAUCGCAUCGUGUGCCCCAACGACGCCGACGUACGCGUCGACGUCGCCGACCGGAUCAACGAACCGCCGGUGACCACUGCCCAGGACGUGUUCCAAUCGGGUUUCCUGUUCAUAAACAACGUAUUCUACGUGGACACCCGCGGCUCCUGCAGGGACAUUUCUGCGGGUCUGCGCGCUUGGGCUGAGAAACGCGGCCGCGGCGUCUUUCCUUGCAAGGACAUGACCAAAGUGCGAUUGGACGAGCUCAUCCUCAAGCUGGGACACCCUGAGGUGUACAUGCAUCAAGGCAACUGUGAACAUCUGUUUACGUUCUCCGAGAUCCGCUUGGUGACUCCGUCCGACCCAUUGAAGACGAUACACUAUCCUACGCACACGGCGGUGGCACAGAACCAAACCAUCUACUGCACAGCCUGCGCAGAGUUCGGUGCUAAAUGGAUCAUAGACGGCUGCGACAAGGUGCCGUUCGACCCGGCAUUCUUCUGCGACAUGUGCUUAAAAAAGUAUCUCUACAAAGAUGGUCAGAAAUUGGGUAACUUCAAAGCGUAUUCGUAUAAAAUUAACGAGAUAAAUAUAUUGAAACCCACUCAUGGAAGAUACGAGGAGAGGGAUUUCACUGAAAUGGACGCCCCUGUGAGUUUAAGUCAGCGGAAACGGACGCUACCUGGUGGCCUUGGUGAUGAUUGAAGUUAUAAAGAACUGAAAUAUAUCUGGUUUAAGAAAAAUUUUCAUAGAUUAUUAAUACAAAGACUGAUUCGAACCAACGUUGUCUAGCAAACCGUGUCAGACGCUAUGCCAAUUAAGCCACAGAACGAACCGACGGACCUUACGAAUUUUCAUAAAUUUGUCACAGAUAGUGACAAAUGGAUGAUGGAUGAUUUUAGUAGCAGUAGAGCUCCUUGUGAAAGAGUUCGUCCAGUGAAGUACUGCCACCUUAUCUACUUUUGCCGCCAAGCUGUUGGUGAAAUUACGGGCUCGUGGGA